AUGCUGACAUCACAUUAUGCCUCAGUGUACACCCCAGAUUCCAGCACACUGGCACAUCUACUGAACACUGACACUUCGCUGAACUGGGCUCCAUUUACAAUCGGCGAGCUGGCCCUGGAGCUGCGUCGAUUAAAGGUUUACCAGUCACCUGGACCUGAUGGUGUGCACCCGCUGAUCCUGGAGAAGCUGGCAGAUGAAUGUGCAGCGCUACUGUGCAACCUGUUCAAUUUACCAUUCACUCAAGGGCAUUUACCGCGGCAAUGGGAGGACUUUGUCAUUGUUCCACUACCAAAGUUGGGGAUAGGAGUGACCCUGGGAACUACCGACAAGUCAGCUUCACUAGUGUUGUGGGUAAAGUAA